UUGUGUCUUGUGGACAGACCCACGGAUAAGAGAAGCAACCAACCGCCACAGUAGCCACCACUAGCAGCCACACUCUAGCCACUCAAUCCCAUCAGCUGCUGGAAGUGCUGGUCUCUGCGAUUUUGUGCCAAGAUUUCACACUCGAUUAUUCUUAAUUGCAGUGUUUUUGUUUUUUUGCUUAUAAAAACAAAAAAACAACAACAACAACCGAGUGUUUUGCAUAAACGGAAACGGAACGAACAUAAAGGAAUCAACAGGCAGAGCAGCACCCACCCAAACCACCCAAGCACUGAACCACUCAACCACCGCCGACUCUGAAGGUCAUUGUCAGAUGGGGUAUGAAGUGUGAGUUAAAGAAGCAACUAAGCGAAACGGUGGCAAGGAACGCAAUGGAAACGAGAGGAAAUUGCACAGACAUGCAAAUUUUUGGCAACAGAUUUUAAAUGCAUAAAACAACAACAAUUUAAUUCAAUUAACUAAACACAAAACACACACUAGCAACAACAACUACUACUACUACAAUUUACCCAAUUGCUAACAAUGGAAAUGCAACACGAAAACGAUAUAGCAGCAGCAGCAGCAACAGAUAUAGAAGCAAUUAGCAACCAAGAGACUGAAACAGCGGCCAUCAUAAUGAAAAGCGAUGAGGAGAAUUCAUCCGUCAAUGAUCCCAGCAUCAAAGGAUUAACAGCAACAACAACAACAACUAUAACAACGAAAUCAAUGAGAUUGGAAGAUCUGAUGGCAACAUUUGCCAUGCCAGCCCUACCACCACCUCCAAAAUUAUGUUUAAACACAAAAUCGGCAAAUAGUAGUCGCAGCAGUUCACUUAAAAAGAAACAACGACGUUGCCUGACAGGAGCUGAAGUCGGUGGGGAAACAACCGCUGAAGAUGGCGGUGGCGGCAGCAGGCGGCCAACCAACUCAAAUGGUAGUGGUGGUGGUCAAUAUAUUGAUAUGAAAACAUCACAAUCCAUGACCUCAUUGCAACCGAAUGAAGAGCAACAGGAAAGUCGUGAUGUCAUCCAGGCUAAACUCCAUUUAGAGCGACCCUACAAUAGCCUCAAGAAAAACAAUACAAACAAAAUGCAUCGUUACUCUUGGGGCAGUGGCCAUAGUCAUAGCAGCUCCAACAGUUUGCACAGUAAUGCCACAUUGGGAUUGAGCUCCUCGGGUAAAGAUGAUCUUUGGGCGGCCAUACAAACCAAUUAUAAUUAUAUUAUGGAUACAAAUCUAUUGGACACAUGCAAAGAGGCACGCUGUGAAAUAGAAGGAGCUGCCACAGUCCUGGAGAAAUCCAAUGAAUGUUGUUUCAAGAUUCUCGAUGAAACCCAACGACCAGAGGGUCUCUGUGAGGAUCCCAAGGAACUACGUCGCUGGUUGCGGGAUAUGGAAAACAAACUAGAAAACUCUCCGACUAUUUCGGAAUUAACUCUUUAUGGCAAUGCAGAAUUACAGCGACAUUUAGCAGUUCACUCGGUGUUGUACCAUGAAAUUGUAUCACAUGCACGAGUGGUAAGCUCUUGCAUACGUGCCGCCUCCGAAAGGGAGCAACAGCAGCAGCAGCAACAAUUGUUAAACCAACAACAACAACAACUACAGCAACAGCAGCCCGCCUCAUUGACCAGCAAUUGCUCUAGUGAUUCAACUAACAGCGAAUCGGUGACCAAAUCGAAUAGCCUUAGCAGUGGUUUUGCCUCUUCUGAUGCCAAUUUAUUAACCACUGCGGCUGGAGGAGCAACAACAGCAACAACAACAACUAUAACAGCAACACCUUCAGUUCAUCAUCCAAAGAAAGGUGAAGGAAAUUUGGAAAGAUUGCGAGAUCGUUAUCAUCUAUUAUAUUUGAAAGCCUUUGAAUUGCAACUCUGUUUGGAUAAUCUACUAAGAAAACGCAGCUCUACAGGGAAUGGUCUGGAUGACGACGACGACGACGAAGACGAUGAUGAUGACGAUGACGAUGAUGAAGAUGAAGACACUGAAGACGAUUCGUAUGGCUAUGAGGGUGAAGAUGUCAACGAUGGAGCCACUGAGGAUGAUCUAAUUGAUCAUCAUUCUGAUUUAGAUUUGGAUAACGAUAUCAAUAUCAUAAUCCAUAAGAAUCCAUUAACAAAAAAGCAAUUGCAACGCUGUCAAGUGGUAACCACUGAAAUUGUAGUACAACAAGAUUCACAAAAGUCGCAUCAAACGUUCGAGGAACAUCAUCAUCAUCAUCAGACGGCAUCAGGAGGCGAUUGUAUUAAAACUCAAAAGCCCGGCGACGAAGCCGACGAAGAGGAGGAGGAAGAAACAGAAGCUGACGAAGCAGACGUUGUUGACUUUGUCAUUGCGAAACGUUGCUGGCGUCCAACGCUCAAGUCAUCGAAUCUCCAACCAGUGGCAACUCUUACCGAUUUUGAAGCUGACUCCGAGAGCAGUGAUCUAGAGCAAAUCCAAGAGCAAUUAAGACGAAACUAUUACAAUCCACGGUAUAGGCCAUACAUUCCAAGCAACAGCAGCAUCAACAAUACUGUCGACAUCAUCAUGUCACAGGCCAAUAGUUCGGGUUCAACAAGCCAUUUGCAACAGCAUCAUCAUCAUCAUCAUCAUCAUUCCAUGCUUCAGAUGCGUAACAAAAUGUUGCCACCCUCAGUUGGCGGUGUCGCCGGCGGUCCCGGCAAUUGCUCAACAAAAUCAAAAAGCAUUGCUGUCGCUGUUAUUACACCCAAUUCGCAUGGCAAUGGCAAUGCCAACAGCAAUAAUGCCAAUGGCAGCAACUCCACUUAUCACAAUGAUUUGACCAAAUCACCUUCCGUGUUGAGGAAGUCUCGCCAUCAUAAUGAUACAUCCAAAUUUAAUCGUUCCAAUCGUAAAUCGAAAAAUUGCGCCAUUUUCUACUUUAAACAUUUGGAUACCGAUAAUGAGACGGCAAGUGGAGCGGGUACAGAUCACAAUGGGGAAGUGGAUAUCCAAUUGGAUCAUCAACAUCACCAGCACCACCAUCACCACAACAACCACCACCCACAAUUGGUGGGAGCCAGCGAUAUACUUAAAUCGGCUGAUGCCUCUACCGAUGACGACGACGAGGGUUGGCUUUAUACAGCAACAGCAACAACAGCUACAGGCACGGCAACAACAGCAGUAACAACAAUUGUGGAUGGUCUUCAAUCGACAGACAUUUCAUCAACAACAACAACAUCAUCUUCUGGAGUUAAAACUUCAAUCAGUGACGAUUCUGAUAAGGAGAAUAAGGAGGCAACUUUAGUUACCACAACCACCACCACCAGCAGCAGCAGCAGCAACACCACCGCGACCACCAAUAUUAAUGCUAUAGCAGCAGCAGCAACAUUGACCAACAGCAGCAGUAACUACGAUAGCAGCAGUGCCUGCUCCUCAUCCAAUUCAAACGGUGUACACACAGAGACAUCGGCAACAUCGCGAGUUACACAAAUGCAACGAAACGUUGCUGUUGUUGGGGCAUGCGACAUGGACGACCACGACAACAACAACAUGCAGAUGCUGCAAUGCAAAAUCAAUGGCAAUGCCAGCAGCAGCAGCAGCAGCAAUGAAGCAAGACACAUCAUUAGCAACAAUUGCUACAAACAACAGCAACAUCAACAAUUGCCAGGCGACAACAACAAUCAGUCGGAUUUGAACAGCAGCCACAACAACAACAACAACAAUAACAAUAAUAACAACAAUAACAACUGCAAUCAUCCAAAAAUGGGCGUGGACUUGGAGAACAUUGAUGAGGCAACUGUUGAUAUGGCAAAUGGAAAUGCACAGCAACAACAGCAGACCACAAAUUUUUAUAGUCGUGCCGAUAUAUGCAACAUUAGUGUUUGGCCCACUGAGACGACAACAGCAAUUAAUGGAAAUAAUACAAAUGGCAAUCGUUUGCCACCAAGAUCCCCGGCUAAAUCAACGAAAUCCCAGGCAAGCAGCAGCAAUGCCACAAUGUCAGCGGCCUGCAUAUCGCCAGUUAAGGGCAAGGUCUCGCAUGAUUCAAUCAAACAGCUUGUGCUCAAAGCGGAGCAUUUGGUGCGCGACGCUCAAGAGGCAGCCGCCGCAUUGAUGAAGACACCAACCAAGCAGAAACAUUCCAUUGUCAAGAUAUCUUCGACGGUCAAGAAACGUGAGGUCAAUAUGCCCGGACCCAUUAAACAGCGUGUUGAGGAAUGGCUAGAGCAUCAGCCAUCCACUCCACAGCUAUUGACGCGCAGUCAUACACAUGAACUAUUAUCGGGAGGCGGCAAGCCAGAUGAUUGUGAAGCCUCUGGUGAGGCAUCCGAAACAGAUUCCAUACCCCAAACUAACAAUGCCAUCGGUGUGGGUGGUCCUGGGCCAGUUGGAGGUGCAGGCGGAGGUGGCGCCGGUUCGGAUACUUCAGAAGGCUUCACCGAUUCAAUUGCAACUUGUAUGCAGACUAGCACCAAUUCGUAUGGCAAUUCGACAGAGAGAAUUGGUGGCUCUGCCGAGCCAAUUGGACAACCCAUUACACCCCUUGGCUUUGGCAGCAGCAAUCAGAGUUUGAAUGUGAAAAUUGUGAAGCGUCCACAGGCGCGACGUAAAUCGGAACGCCCCUGGUCCGUGUCCUGUCUCUCACAAUUGACCACUGAUGCCGCUCAGUUGACGACAACCAUUGUGGAAAGCUCUCCGCCCGGUUUGGCCAGUCACUCGAUAAGUGAGAGUGCCUUGGACUCCCUGUCGCCAGGACCACGACCACGGGCGGCCUCCUCAUCGGGCACAGGCAGCAAUGCGGCACGCAAGGCCGAUAGCAAGGGCUCACUGAGACGCCGUAAGGCACGCAAGAAGCGCAUGUCGGCUGCUUCGGCUGGACGUAAAUCCGAUUCCGGUUCGGAGGUGGCUGUCGGUGAUCUAACCCAGACUCUGAUGAAGUCAUGCGAAUCGAUGUCAUCGCAACAAUUGCAAGAAUUCACAAAUGCUCUGCUAAGCAUACAAAAGGGUUCGUCUGGUGGUAGCCCAAAAUUGGAUAAAAACGCCGACGAUCCCGAGAAUGAGUCUCAAUUGAUGUUGCCCAAUUUCCGUGUGGGUUCCUUUACAACAGCUGCCCUAAUGGCCAGCGAAUCGAGAUUGGGUGCCCUGGCUGCCCUCUCCAACUAUAUGAAUGAAGAUGAACAGCAAGCAGAACUCAGCACUGAGGAGCAUCAUAGCAGCAUUUCGGAAACCGCCUGGGAUAAUUAUCAAGAGAAAUAUAAUUCAGAAAAUUAUUCCGAAGGUUUUGAUUCAGAUGCCGCACGACGUCUUCUAGAAUUCGGCGAUGACUAUCGCAAUUUCAUCGACUCGCAAUCGGAUUGCUGCAGUUCACUGUCGGCCGCCAAUAAUCUUGAUUCAUUCUCGCCACCGCGCAUGGACUCACUGCAGAAGCAUGAACUGAAGGCUCUGCAUAUCAAUCAGGAGACCAUAAGCAGUAGCGUGGAUCACGCCAGGCGUCAACGUGCCCUGGAAUUGCAAUACGAGCGUCGUCGCAAAACCUUGGAAGUUCGCCGUAAAUCGUGUCAGGAUAUGGAUGAAUCUUUGAAUGAACAAAAGGAUCAUCAACAGGGUCAUCAUGCUGGCGGCGGCGGUCAAUCUUCGUUAUCCGCCUCGGCCACGGCAUUGAUGACUCCCAAGAAUAUGCAACAGAAUACACAAUUGCCGCCACAGCGCACUGAAUCGGUGGGACGUAAAUUGGAAUUCGGCGGUGGAAUGAGUCACUCGGCUCAGUCUCUAUUGAGGCGUACAUCGGAGAGUGAUACAUCCACACGUCGUCGUCGCACCGUCACGGCGGAUGAGCGCCGCCGUUCGUCACGUAAUUUGGAGAAAUGCAUUAAAUUGAUACCAGCCACCUCGUCAUCGAGUGGCGAUGACUCCGAGGAUGGUGAACAGGAGAUGCGUUCAUUGUUGCAGCAGAGUCGCGAUCGUUUGGAGGAUACCAGAGCAUUGAAGAUACGUUGUCAUCUGCUGAGACCCGAGGAUUAUAAUGAGAUAAUUAACACUUGCCGCGAUAAUAUACGCUGCCUGGAGGCUGUUCUACGCGGCCCGCCUGGCACUGUGCUAUCCACCCAUUGCGCCGGCCAGACAAAAGAUCUAUUAGCCGCUUGGGAGGAUUUCCUUGGCUGGAGCGAGAAUGCAUCGGCCGCACGCAAACUGCAGCAAGAGAUGAGCGCAUUGAAGCAUACACUGCAAAGGCUAGGUGAUAAGCCCACACCCGAAUUUCUGGACACUGAGCCAGCCAUACAGAUUGCUGUGGAGGCUUUAAAGACGGAGCAAACCCAAUUGGCCAGCUAUCGCACGAAUAUGUUGCGCCUAAACGCCUCCGUUCACAGUUGGUUAACACGUCAGGAGAGGCGUCUGCAGAGCGCUUUGGCGGAACAAAAUAAUCAGCAAUUGAAUCAACAGCAGGAGUCCGAACAGAAGAAAGACGACGACGACGACGGAGAUGAUGUGCUUGUGGAGAAGACAAUAAAGAAAUUGGAUACAAUUGAAGGAAUCGAGGCAGCAGGCAAUAGCUCGGUGGCCAUCACUGUAACCGAUAGCAAUGGCAAUCAGGUGGAGGCAAUGGCUGGUGUAACAACAUCCACAUCCACUUCCACGUCCACCACUGCCAAUUGGGAUAUCAAUUCUUUGAUGUCAGCCGAACAGGAGUUCCAUAAGCAUCUGAAGGAUGAGGUCAGCGAUAUGUAUAGCGCUUGGGACGAAGCCGAUGCCAGAAUCAACUCACAACUGGAAAUGUUGACCAACUCAUUGAUUGCCUGGCGUGAACUGGAAUCCGGAUUGAGUGAAUUCCACUUGGCAUUGGGCCAAGAUCGCGGCACACUGAAAGGUUUGGAGGGUGCUCUCGAUAAGGGUCAGGCCACACCUGUGGAAUUGGCCCAGAAUGUCAAACUGGUUGCCAAAUUGCUGUCCGAGAAGGUCCAUGUAAGCCAAGAGCAAUUGCUGGCCGUGCAUCAGCACUUGGAUCCCAAUCACAUCUAUCAUAUUGCCAAAUUUACGGCUUCCAAUGGCUCACUAUCCGAUUCGGGCAUAUCGGAUGGCGGUGCCACUUCCGAUGGUGGUCUCUCGGAGCGAGAACGUCGUCUGGGCGUAUUGCGUCGUUUGGCCAAGCAAUUGGAAUUGGCCCUGGCACCAGGCAGUGAGGCAAUGCGUUCGAUAGCCGCCCGCAUGGAGAGUGCCGAAGCGGAAUUGAAACAUUUGCAAAACACAUGCCGUGAUCUUAUUGUCCGUACAGCUGCCUCGCAUCAGCAGAAGCAACAGGCCCAGGAGCAGCAGCAGCAGCAGCAUCAGCAUGUUACAUCUGCUUCCGUUUUGGCCAAUGGAGGACAAGUCAAGCUAAAUGGACAUGUCAAGAAAAUGCCAAACACCAACAACAACAAUAACAACAAGGAUGGUGAGGAGCAGCAGGCGACAAUUCUAAAGUCCACUCAAUCACUGAGCGGCAAGCGCAAGAAUUCCAAGAAAACGAGACAAUCAAAGAAAUCUGGCGAAAUCGAUGUGAAUAAUGCAAGAAGGAAGCUGGAAGAGAGAAAUGCUAUUGAUAUCGAUCAUCUUAUACACUCAGUGGCCAGAGGUGGCGAUGGGGGCGAUGAUGAUCCAUCCGAUGAUCCAGCUAUUAUAUGCAGCCUGCAGGAUAACUCGGAAGAUGAUGACAUCGAUGAUGAGUCCAAGGUUCAGCGUCGCGGCUGGGCCUGGCGCAUUGCCAGAGCCGCUGUUCCCAUGCAGUUGGCCUUGUUCACCUUCUUCUGUGCCGCCUGCCUGAUGCAACCCAACUGCUGUGACAAUCUCAACAAUCUGUCCAUGAGUUUUACUCCACAAUUGCGCUACAUACGCGGACCGCCUCCAAUUUGAGCGAUCGAUCCAAGUGUCGCAACAUUUGCCCCCCCCCCUCUCGCGAGGAAGAGGAGGGCAAACCAAACAGAUAAUCAUGUACAAUUACAUAUGUUAAGAGAUUUAACUAAUGUAACCUAAUCGGUAAGGUAAAGGUGGAAUCGCCACCGCCACACGUAACCGUCGCAGCCGCCGCCUCCGCCGCCGCCGCCGCAACCGUCGUCGUCGCCGUAUUAGCCGCCAUUUGAUUUGGAGGCUUACUUAGCAGCUAGCUGAUCACGCGUCUUGCAUGCGUUUCGGGCGCGCUUUUAAAUGCCACCGGAAAAACAGAUUUUUUUUAUGAAACAAAACAAAACGGAGAAAGCUCUCAAAUAUAUUGAAA